AUGCUCGUUUUCACAUCCUUCAUCGCAGUGGGUUGCGUAUGGCGGUUGGUGCAAGCAGAUGAUAUUGCGGAGUUGUUACCAUCUCCAGGUAGCUUGAAAUUGACGUUCAAUGUUAGCAGAGAUUCAUUUGGAAAAUCGUCAUCGACACCGCCUAGUCGUGAAGUUAUAAAACAACCUGGCGAGGAAGGCGGGAUGCGCAUGGGAUUGAAAAUUGAAAGAACCCGCUACAUUGCUAAAUUACUCAUUGGAUCUAAUGAAGAGGAGAAUCAGGUACUUGUGGAUACUGGGAGCUCGGAUCUUUGGGUUAUGUCGUCAGAUGUUGAUUGUUUUGCAUCAAUCAAAAAACGAGAAACUGGAAAAGUUUUCGAUAUUGGGCUCGACACUGGCAACGUCUUGAAAGAUGCUGAGGAAGAUAAAGCGAGAGGAAACGAGAAGGACGGAUAUUUUCAAUAUCACUACGCUUUCAACACGAAUGAAGGCGAGUUGAACAAGCGCGAUGGUUCAAAUACUGGAAAUCUCGUAGCUCUUCAAGAAGCAAACGUUUGGAAACGAGAAACAUUACAGUUCACCGGAUCAUCCCCUACUGCUUAUAAUUAUACGAACGGGUGUACAUUAGAUGGCUCAUUCGACACAGAGAAUUCGAAUACAUUCAUGUAUAAUGAAACUGGACCAUUCGAAAUUAAGUACCUGGAUGACUCGUUCGCUAAAGGUACUUGGGGACACGACACGAUUACGAUUGGCAACAUUUCUGUACCAAAUUUGAGCUUUGGGGUAGCUAAUGAGUCAUCGAAUGGAAUUGGGGUCCUAGGGCUUGGGUUAGCGCUUUGGGAACAGUCUAAUGAGCAGUAUGAGAACCUACCUAUGAAAUUGAAAUCAGAGGGCAUUAUCAAUAAAGCUUUGUACUCUUUUUAUUUACAUGGAGCUGAUUCCGGUUGUGUAUUGUUUGGCGCGGUGGACCAUUCCAAGUAUGAAGGAACUUUAGAGACCUUACCAAUGAGAAAGACCUUCGAUGAUGAUGAAUACAUAACCAGGUUUCAAGUGAUGAUCAAUCAAUUAACGAUCAAUAAUGAAAGUCUGUCUCUUGAUAUCUUGGUCGGACCUGAUUAUGUUGUGCUAGAUCCAAGCUCUACGUUUUCUUAUUUUCGCAGGUCACAAAUUCGAGACAUUGUGAUAACACUUGGUGGUCAAUUUUCUAGCUACGUUGGUGCUUAUGUCAUAGAUUGCAAGUACAAGAAUUCAGAAUUGACCUUUGAUAUCACAUUCACAAACAAGACCAUUAGAGUACCAGUAUCUGACUUGGUCGUUGAGUCCACCUUGAAUUCAACAUGCUACUUGGGAGUCUUUGAUGUUUCCGUUGGCUCGUUGUAUGUCUUGUUAGGUGACAAUGUGUUACGGAAUGCUUACGUUGUGUACGACCUAGAAGCUCACGAAAUACAUCUUGGUCAAGUGUAUUUGACUGACGAUGAAGAUGUUGAAAUUGUUGAACAUUACGUACCCACAGGGGGCGGCCAGAAUGUCACUAGCGCAAGUAGUGGUAGUGGAGGCUCAUCUUCAUCGUCAAAGAACAAUGAAGCUACGAUACUAAACUACGCAUCGUGGAUGUAUUCCAUCAGUUGGUUGUUACUCACUACAAUGAUAUCGUUGUGA